CAAGGACAGGGACGCCCGAGAAGAAGAUGGCGUCUCCACCCAGUAAACCCUCUAAUGGCCUCAGCAUGACUUAUGCAACCUCUGCGCCCGCCACUGCUGGCGGACAGGCUGGCUCUCCGCCCGUCUGCCAGAACUGCUCCACAAGCACCACGCCGCUAUGGCGCCGCGACGAGACGGGCGCCGUUCUCUGCAACGCCUGCGGUCUCUUCCUGAAGCUGCAUGGCCGCCCGCGUCCCAUCUCGCUCAAGACUGAUGUCAUCAAGAGCCGCAACCGCGUCAAGACUGGCGGGCCAGGCGGACGCAAGAGGACAAGCGACCAAGGCGGUCUUCCCGCAGCGCACCCCGAUGCAGACGGCCAGCUAGCCCUCGCCCAGCACCGCCGUGCUUCUGGAAAGAUGUCUUCAGGCCUGUCGGACCGCUCCCAGUCGCCCAUUUCGCGUACCGGCACCCCCAACUUCAACCAUCCCUCCAACAUUGCGCCCCAGCACAUGUUUGAGCAGGCGCUGCACGGCGACUUUCACUCGCCCUCGCUGCCUGGUUUCGGUCUUCGGGCCCCCUCACCUGCCACGUCGUCGGUCAACGGCUCCCACCUUGAGGCCCCUCUGCCGUACGAGACGCUUGCCGCGCAAAACACUGCGCUCAAGACGCGUGUUUCGGAAAUGGAGCUCAUCAACGACCUCUUCCGCAACCGUGUCAGCGAGCUCGAGCAGAGCGAGCAGUCGGCGCGGCAGACGGAGACGACGCUGAGAAAAGAGCUCGACGAGGUCAAGCAACGCGAGGCCGACCUGAAGAGGCGGCUUGAAGAGAUUGAGAACGAAAGCCCGAGACACAAGAGGAUGAAGAUGAGCGAAUUCGUAGACGAGAGCCGCGCAGGCACACCCAUCAACGCCAUGGUGGACUAGCUGCUUUUGCCGAGGCAUUUCCUUUGAUUAUCUAACGACUGUUCUAUGCAUGCGCAAAGAUGUUUGGUGCUGCUGGAUCGAGGUAGUACUCGUCCUAUGCCAGCUUACUCCCCACGGGAGCCGAGCGUCGACGCUUGCUCUGCUUGGUCUGCAAGACCGCCUAAUGUCUAAAUACCACUUCUUGCCGCCGCCUUUGAUGGCGCCGGCUAUAUUGUAAAUUUAUUUCUGCUCCGAUACCAAUGUUGAUGCGGGUGCGUUGUAUGAGGGUACGGCCAGGGCACGGGUUAGAUGGGCGGGGAAGGCGAGAACUAGGAACAUGUUUAUCAAAAGUCUUGCAAUUGCGGUUAGUUAGUUACCAUCAAUGGGAUACGAAGCA